UAACAAGAACAACCUCAACAACCAGCACCAUGUGUGGCUACUACGGAAACUACUAUGGCGGCAGAGGCUAUGGCUGCUGUGGCUAUGGAGGCCUGGGCUAUGGCUAUGGAGGUCUGGGCUGUGGCUAUGGCUCCUGCUAUGGCUGUGGCUACCGUGGACUGGGCUGCGGCUAUGGCUGUGGCUAUAGCUACGGUUCACGCUCUCUCUGUGGCUGUGGCUAUGGAUAUGGCUCUGGCUAUGGAUCUGGAUUUGGCUACUACUACUGAGGACACCACAGAAGAAUCUGAACCUUCUCUAACUGUGAGGUCAAGACUCUGCCUUUCUGAACCUCAUAUAUUCUAAGCUUCCCACUUAGAUGGUGAGGAUCUACAUCAUGGGUUUCUGAUAUGGUUUUACUGAAGUCUUGCCUUCUGGUUCCUUCUGGAUCUCAUACAUCCAAUUCAUCCUUUUGAGAAUUUGUCGUAAAAAGAGAGAGAAUGUGAAAUGCAUGCUCUGGGUGCCUAAGUGGUCAUUCAUUGGGAUGCUUUGUCACAGAUUCUACUGGUUUUUGACCAGGAGAGUUUUUUUCUUUUCCAAAUAAACUUAUUUAACUGAA